GUAUAUAAAGCAGACAGAGUACUCUUAAAAGCCUCCUAUAGCCUUUGGAAAGAGCGGCAGCAGCAGUAUCAGUCAGUCUCCGUUGCAAAAUUCUGAGCUUCUUCUCUCCACUCUCAGAUGGCAGCAUAUGCAGCGAUGAAGCCGACCAAGCCAGGGCUAGAGGAGCCACAAGAGCAGAUUCACAAGAUUAGGAUCACUCUUUCCUCCAAAAAUGUUAAGAAUCUCGAGAAAGUGUGUGCUGAUUUGGUUCGUGGUGCCAAGGAUAAGAGGCUCAGGGUGAAGGGACCAGUGAGGAUGCCCACAAAGGUCCUUAACAUUACCACUAGAAAGUCUCCUUGUGGUGAAGGUACAAAUACAUGGGACAGAUUCGAGCUACGUGUCCACAAGCGAGUCAUUGACCUUUUCAGCUCUGCAGAUGUUGUGAAACAAAUCACCUCAAUCACCAUUGAACCUGGUGUUGAGGUUGAGGUCACUAUUGCUGAUUCUUAGAUCCUUUGUCUUACCUAGGUAGAUGAGUUACUCUUUAUAUGCUGUGGUAUUUUUCCCUCCAGACUUAUGUAUUACGAGUGUUUUGGAAUUACAAUUUUGCUGUUAAACUAAGACGUUUGAUAAAAGCAAAGUGUAUGGAUUGUUUAUUCAGUACUAGCAAGUCUAUUGAAUUUCCUACA